GCUCCUGGUUCCCCCCCCCCUCCCCGCGCGUCCCUUCCCGUCGGGCUGUGAUGCGCCUCCUGUCUUGCGCUCGGGCGCAUUGUUCGCGGGCGCGCACCGCGCUGCGUCCGCCCGGCUGGAUGAUGGCGCGCUCCGGGGCGACCCUUCUCGCCCCCUCUAUAAGAAGCCGGCCGGGGCCAGGGACUGGCAGACACGCUCGGGGAGGGCCCCAGCGAGCAGGACCACGCCAGCCCUCUGGCCCGCGAGCGCCUUGACUCCUCUCCAGGGGGAUCCUCGCCUCGCCAAGGACGUCCGACAGCCCGGACCCGGGAGCGGCUCCUCGGGGGACUUUGCGCCGCCGGCAGCUUCUCUCUGCCUCGCUUUUCUUUUUUGAAUCCCCGAAAUCUUCGACUGGGGGGGCUCCAGCGCCUUUGGACAAGUGAAGAGCUUUUCCCGGGCGGCCGGUGCGUGCCUCGCCUGCAAGGGCUUCGGAAGCCGCUGCCCCACCUCCCGCCACCCCCCACCCACCCCGUCUCCUCUCCGGGCUUUUCUUCUUUUCUUUUUUGCGGUUCCGCCGAGCAGGCGGGCCGGGCAGGCGAAGCGAUGAGCCCCGUGGCAUUAAUGCUAGGCUUGAAGACCUUGUGGGUUUUGGCUUUUUCCUCUCUUUCCAACACGUUGGCGGUGAAUAACAGCGGCCGAUGGUGGGGAAUCAUCAAUGUGGCUUCCUCAACCAACCUGCUGACAGACUCCAAAAACGUGCAGCUGGUGCUGGAUCCGUCCCUUCAGCUGCUGAGUCGCAAGCAGCGGAAGCUCAUCCGCCAGAACCCGGGCAUUCUGCACAGCAUCAGCAGCGGCCUGCAGAGCGCCAUCAAGGAGUGCAAGUGGCAAUUCCGCAACCGCCGAUGGAACUGCCCCACCAUGCCGGGCCCCAACAUUUUUGGCAAGAUUGUCAACAGGGGUUGCCGGGAGACUGCUUUCAUCUUUGCCAUCACUAGUGCCGGUGUGACCCACUCUGUGGCCCGCUCUUGCUCCGAAGGCUCCAUCGAAUCCUGCACUUGUGACUACCGCCGGCGGGGCCCAGGGGGUCCCGACUGGCACUGGGGUGGCUGCAGUGACAAUGUCGACUUCGGCAGGGUUUUUGGACGAGAAUUUGUUGACUCGAAUGAGAAGGGGCGGGACCUGCGUUUCCUGAUGAAUUUGCACAAUAACGAGGCAGGACGUCUGACAGUCUUCACUGAAAUGCGUCAGGAAUGUAAGUGUCACGGAAUGUCAGGAUCCUGCACUGUCAAGACCUGCUGGAUGCGGCUGCCCACGUUCAGAACCGUGGGCGACUUCCUCAAGGAUCGCUUUGAUGGUGCCUCACGUGUCAUCUAUGGCAACAAAGGGAGCAACCGAGCCUCCCGUGUGGAGUUGCACCACCUGGAGCCUGAAAACCCUGCCCACAAACCACCUUCCCCCCAUGACUUGGUCUACUUUGAGAAAUCGCCCAACUUCUGCACGUAUAGUGGCAAGACGGGCACAGCCGGCACAGCUGGCCGCUCCUGCAACAGCUCCUCCCCGGCCCUGGAUGGCUGUGAGCUGCUGUGCUGUGGGCGGGGGUACCGAACCCGGACCCAACAGGUCACAGAACGCUGUAACUGCACAUUCCACUGGUGUUGCCAUGUCAGCUGCUUGAACUGCACCAACAUGCAAGUCUUGCAUGAGUGCUUGUGAGCAAGGAAGGGAAAGCAAGGAGCAUCCCCUAUGGAGAAAGGAAACAUUCUUCCUCAAAUAUCAGGAUCCAAAAAGCAGUCCUGCCAGCAAGAUGCACAUACCCCUCCCCACAUUUCUCAGUAAGAGCACAGCACCUGCUGUGACCCAGAAAGGAGCAACUGCAAGUUCUGUUCACGCCCUUUGUGGAGACUCAGCACAAUUGGGAUGGCAGCAAGAAUGGUUGUGUGUGUAUAUAUAAACACUUACAAAUGGACUCCUCAACAGUUCAUAUUGUUUUUCUGCCGGGCAAUCCCUCAGGUCCCGCCUGCUUGUUGAGAUUCUGAGAAAGGACUUGAUUUGAACGAGAUCUUUGUUAGGGCAGAGCUUUAGAACUUCUCUCACACGUUGCGUUAGCUGGAUCUUUGGGUUCCUGUGUCUGCACAGUGGCAGGAAUAAAGGUAGUGCCUCGAAACGUAUGCAGAUUACCUUUCCCUCGUCACAGCCAGUUUCCAUGCACGCUUAAAAUUAGGAGUUUCUGGUGCAGAGAAAGACUUUUCCACAGCACUGCCUACAUGGACUAUCUGUCUCACGGAUGAGAUACUUUGUAUAUGAUUACUAAGCAUUGGAAGGGGUGUAUUUUAUACUGCUUUGGGGAGGGAAGUGUUGAAUCCCUCACCCCACACGGGAUGCAACCCAAUGUGUCAGAUCCAUGGAAAGCCACUGGAGCAGCUGCUCUUAAGUAAUCUGUGCACAAUCAGCAUGAAAGGAAGCUCUAUAGGGAUAUGACAGUGCUCUUGAGCAGUUCCCAUUCUUUGGCCAGGGAUCGUCCCAGUCAAUUGCACUCUAUGGUGAUUGGUGGAUAUGGCCACUGGUUCGGUCUUUUGCCCAAAGGAUGGUUAGCAACUCUCCCUAAAUUACAUGUUGUUACAUGUGUUUACAACUAUUCCCACAUGUAGUUCCUGUGUCCAUGUGCCUUUUAGCCUUUGAUCAUUUUGCCAGGAAAGCAGUGUCCAAUAGAAAGUGUUUUUUAAAAUAUUUUUACAGUUGUACAUAUAUGUAUUUUUCCCUUUUACUGCUCUCUCACUUGGCGAAUCCUGUAAAUAAUAUGCACUGAAACCGUGGCUGGGGAUUGCUGAUUAUUUUGCAUAUAUGUGUAAAUAAAAUAUUUAUUGUUGCCUGUUUCAUA